CACCAUCACACAUCAUCUCUCCUUUCCGCUGCACGAAUCCUCCCAGCAGCAGCAUCACUUGUGACUGAUGCAGCGAGUGUUACGCGUUCGACAUGUAGUCGGCACUAUUUCGCAGGGCGUGAAGUCCUUGCCUACGGCACCACACAUCCGACGACAAUUUGCAUCCAGUCGGCAGCAUCGGGCUCCGAACCUGCGCAAUGGAAAUGCCACCGCCCGUCCCGUCCAACAGGCGAAGGGCGCACCUGAUGAGCAGCCUGAGCCAGCACCUUGGGUGAAAGAGGAGGGCAAGAAAAAGCCACUCGACUUCAAAAAUCUGCCGCCGGGAACGGUCGGAGCUGCUCUACUGCUAGGCGGCCUCGCAUACUAUCUAGGAGAACUCUUCGUGGCUGCCAACAAGCCAUGCGACAAUCCACAUAUUGCCGAAAUCUCCCAGCAGAAGGACGUCGCGGCGCGCUACGAUGAGACGGCCGACAGUUUCGAUAGCGAGGUCGGCGUAUCGGAAUGGCUGAUGGGGAUCAACAAGACUCGCGAGCAGCUGGCUGCGGGAUGUCAAGGCCAUGUUCUGGAAGUGAGCUGCGGCACCGGCAGAAAUUUGGGCUACUUCGAUGUCUCGAUUGACGGUAGAUUAGAGAGCCUCACUCUGCUAGAUCUCAGCGCACCGAUGAUCGAAGUGUGCAAGAAGAAGUGGCAGGCCUUGUACUCGGAGUACAAGAAGCCAGGGUGGUUCAGCAGCACCAGCGCCCUCAAUCCUGAUCUCAAGAUCCGCUUUGCUACUGGCUCAGCUCUGGGCGAAAUGCCACUGGCACCGACUGAUCAGCCGAAGAAGUACGACACGAUCAUUCAGACCAUGGGACUCUGCAGUACGGACAAGCCGAAAGAGUUGCUGGAGAACUUAGUAAAACACUUGGACACUAGUAAUCCCGAUGCUCGAAUUUUGCUUUUGGAGCACGGACGGAGCUAUCGAGAAUGGAUGAACAAGAUUCUGGACAAUUCUGCACAGAAGCAUGCCGAGUUGCAUGGCUGCUGGUACAAUCGCGAUAUUGGUGCGAUCGUGGAAGAAGCUGCUCAAAAUACUGGUCUGGAAGUCUCACGCGAGCGCAGAAAACAUCUGGGAACUACAUGGCUGUUUGAGCUGAAACCAAAGGUCGUGGCGGCAAAGACAGCCAUCACAGAGCCCGUCUCGAAAUCCUCCCAAGCUUCGGAAGAAACUUCGGAUCAGCAGCAAUCUGGUGGAUGGCGCAGCUGGGUUGGACUCAAAUGAACGAGGCACGCUGCCUUUGUCAUCCGCCCGCACCAUCGGUGUCGCCUACGAUGCUUCCAUUUUCUAAAAACAACGCUGCCUGCAUGACGAGCUUCAAGCCCAGCGCCCAGGCCAAUGCCGAAGAACUUGCAUGCCCAGUUCAAUGAGAUAAGUUGAUAGUGGAAUCAUAUGUCCUAUGACGGGAAACCCCGAAAUGCCGAGAGACAAGGCUCAUAGCGGUGGAGGAUAACACAACAUUGGCGGUGAAUAAAUAUCGAUGGCUGGAAAGAUCUCUGUGCUUCUGCUUGUGCGUCUGCAUAUGCAGGGGCUCUAGUCCUUGCAAGUUGCGCUUGAUUCACAUGCACUCACAUGGGUUUGGACCUGGAAGGUCGUGCGAGAACGACAAGAAUGAGCUUUCAUAGCUGGUCGAACUCGACACUGUGACAAAUGACUACGUUCUAUCAAAGUUCGAUGAUAGCGCCCCAGAAGAUCUAUUCCAGCAUUUUCCGAAAC